AUGGCGGUGCCAGGUACCCCAGGGCAGACACUUCGGCUUCCAGAAGUCACGCACACACGCCCUGAGGACCCAAAUACCCCUAGCCUAGCUAACCUACGCACUACAAAAAGACACAGGCAAGCCGAAGCAGCGCCUAUACCUAUAUCGUUCGGUGAUAGUGCUAACAAGAGACAACUGGUGACGGGCGCGGUUACAGAGAAGAUCACGGCAGCCCAAGCGGCCGCCAAAACUAGACACAGCAUCAUCACAGCUAUCGCGAACGCGAUCGAUCAUUGCCUAGAGAACUACACUAGCGCAGCUGAGCGUCUGGUCGCACAAGAACUACAGCAACGUGUAGUGUAUGCCCUAACCAACUCUAUCCACCACCCAUCCACGACCACCCCACAGCCUGCGAGCGACGCUGGGCCUAAACCUACACGUACAUAUGCGGACGUCGCAAGACUCCCCAACAGCCACCCUAUGCAGGAAAGGGGCGCCGCUAUAACCAAGACGGCAGCGACCCACCGAAACGGCGUAACCCUGAAUAAGCCGCCGAAUAAGCCCAUACCAGAUGGCCGAAUUCUUUUCCAGUUAUCUACAGCACAGAGAGUAAAAGAGCCUUCGCCCUUUGUAAUGCGGAAAGCACUAUGCGCAAAGAUUGAUAACCUCACUCUGCAAGAUAUCCCAAGACUCACAACGACAAAAACAGGCUGGGCACUCACACCAGCCAACGACACUAUCAAGAGCCGACUGCUGCAGCCAGAUAACAUUGAAGUCAUGCUAGAAACUCUAGGUGCAGUUGGAUUCCAGCUCCCGGAGAAAUGGAUCAACUAUGCAGUGCAGCGUGACUCCACAUAG